AAUGGAAAACCAUCGAUAUACUCGAUGAAACCAUUUCUAAUUUGGCAGCUUUAGUUAGUUUGUUUAAUACGUGCUUCCUUUUUUAAUUAAAGCCGUGUACUAACAAUAUUGUGUACUGUGUUCGGUACAAUGACUGAUACACCGAAAACACCCAACACUCCUGGCAGUCGGGCCAUGGAAGUUGCCAAAGUGCAGGACCGUGAACUAGCGCAAUUUAAAAUGCCAUUGCCAAGCAGUGGGGACGGACGCAAACAUAAGCCAAAGAUCCUGACGGAGGAGCGCUACAUUGAGGAGAUGUCCAAGAUUAUACAGCGUGAUUUCUUCCCUGACUUGGAACGGCUGCGAGCACAAAACGACUACCUCGAUGCAGAGUCGCGUCGCGAUUUCCUGCAAAUGGCUGAAAUACGUGCGCGUUACAGUUUGGGUCGUGCCUCCGGCACUGGUAACAGACGCAAUAGCCGCAACAAUGCGAUGUCACCAGCAACAUUUGAGACGCCAUUGAGUACAGCUAACGCAGGUUCAACUCCGCUUCCAAACACACCGCACUCCACCGCCAGCAGCCAAAAGAGCAGUGCCAGUAAAAACAGUGCUGAAGGUGGCUGCCAGGAUGCCAUUGGGCGUAAAAUGUCGCUGGACAGCUUUCUACAUAACUACACAAGCGAGGACAAUCAAAGCUUUCAGGAAAUCAUCGAGACAGCCGAGAUGAAACUGCGCCAGAAGUAUGCAGUUCUCUACAAUCAUGAGCAGCUGUCCACUGAGCAGCUGCAGCGAGCGUUACUGCUGCCCAGCCUUGAGCAGCAAUUCGAUACACCCGAUCCACUGCGCAAAAUUGAGACCUGGAAGUACACCAAUAAGAACUCUGUUAUGUACGUGCCGGAUGGCGUCGAAAUGUCCGAGCAAGAAAAUGUUAAGCACCAAGAACGCAAACCCACUAUUCGACACGAUGCUACAAGACUGCCAACAACGUGCGAUACGGAGACGCAAGCCAGCCAUCCAGACGCCAAUGCCAACCGGAACGCAACUGGCGAAGAGGCCAGCACAAGCACGCCUCGAAUUCGGGGAUUUGAUUUGUUGCGUUCACCGUCGCCACGACCCGGCAAAGCGUUCUCUCCGAUCAUGACCUGGGGCGAGAUUGAUGGCACGCCCUUUCGUCUCGAUGGCGGCGACACGCCGCUGCGCAACAUGCCUGGACCCUCGUUUCACAUCAAUGAGAACUCACGCAGGGAGAACAUUGCCAUUGCGCUCGCCGAAAAGGUUAGCGAAAAGAUGCGCAACCAGAAGCAGCAGGCUCUCAACACAGCUCGUCGCAACAUCGGAUCACCUUUCGUACGCUCCAGCAUAGAGCGUUUAGCGAGCAUGUCGCCAGCCGCUCGACGCCUUGCCACUGGCAAGCUGGGGCUACGCAAUCACACUCCGCUGCUGACGCCUUCGCCAGCGACGCGCAAGCGCAAGGCGCCCAGUGUGGUGCGCACAAUGCCACCAAUGACUAACAGCAAACAUAUUCCUGGCAAGGGUACGCCCAGCAACGCUCCCACGCCCAUAGAUACGGGCUCCACUCUCACAGAUGACCUGCUCAAAAUUCCAGCGAAAAGACGCAGCGCUGCAGCAGAUUUCUUUUGAAUUAUUCGAAUUGUUUC